AGAAUCGGUUCCGAAUCGACAGUGCAGUACUCACAUUUUUAAUUUCUAUUAUUUUUUAAGCUUCUCGUCAAAUAAUUCGGACAAAGUUCAAGAUUAUACAUAGUGAAGUGCUUCAUUCCAUAAUUUUCAUCUGGAUGGUUCAAAAACUCGACAGUAUAAUGUGAAACCAUUAAACUUAAUUUUCCAGAGUGCAAGUAGGUACCUAGUCUUGACAUUCCAUUUUUUAUGAAUUUUGAAAGAACAGUGCUGCUGUAACCACUCUAUUCUCCUAAAACGUCGAUUUCAAGUGGCUCUUAGUAUAUGAAACUGACAAUAAUUGAAUUUGUUUCCUAUCAAAGUCACUCUCGGAGCUAUCAACAGACAAUUGUCGCUCUUGAAGAACGUGUUUCAAUGUGAAAGAUUUCACCAAGGAGUGCUAGUACUUUUGCACCUGUAUGAUGAAUUUUUUAUGCUCGUGAGAGUGAUAAACUUCAUAUGAUGUUCAGAAAGUUAACGCGCCUCAAAUCACUCCUGUUCAGCAAGUAUCUGAUGGUGACAAAUGUCGGGCUGUCUGGUACGCUAUCAGGUGUUGGAGAUAUAAUUGAGCAGCGGCAAGAAGCGCAUUUCGAAGGAAGCAAAUGGAGCCCAAGGCGGACCCUCAAUCUUACCAUAUCUGGUGUUACAGUUGGUGUAGUAUGCCAUACCUGGUAUAAAUAUUUGGAAUCUAUACUUCCAGGAACAACCAUGCGAACAGUUGUCAAGAAAGUUUUGUUAGACCAAUUAGUAUACUCGCCUGUAGGGAUCUUCGUUUUACUUGUAACCCUAGGUACGCUAGAGCAUGCAGAUUUUCCCACAAUUUUGGAAGACUUUAAAAAGAAAGGAACCAAUCUGUACAUAGCCGAGUGGUUUGUAUGGCCUCCUGCACAGGUUGUCAACUUUUAUUUUGUUCCGGUGCAAUAUCGUGUUUUUUAUGACAAUCUUGUUUCUUUAGGAUAUGAUAUCUACACGUCACAUGUAACUUAUCACAAACAAUUUGUUAAAAAUAGUCCAGAAAGUAGGUAAUCCUCUUGUGAUUGUUUUCCUUGAUACCUAUGAUUCUAUUUUGUUAAUCACCUCCAUUUUAAACAACAGCAAAAAAACUAUUCCUCCCUAAACCCUUAGUCCAAAGUUCCUUCACUACCUUGUGUUAAGCUGAAGGAGUAAAAUAACUUUAGAAUACCUACUAGUCUUCUGAUGAAUUAUUUCAUCCUUUACCAAGAUGACCCUCUGUUUCUUCACGGAGCUUUUGAAGCUAUAUGAAUGGUCCUCUGAAGCCUUUAAGGCCCCAAUUACCAAAACUUGUCGCUCUCUCAAACCUCAAAGGUUAGUCGCUAGGACUCAUAAUUUCAGCUGAACCUACCAUGUCCUGAUGUUGUGUCUCCUCUGACUGAGCAAAAAUAAAUAUUAAAUCUAUUAACUUAUUAUUUUUGAAAGGUAAAGCUAAGAAAAAAAGUUUUCAAUGAGAACUCAUGUUUCACUUUGUUUUAAUUUCAGUGAUUUUAUUUUUGUCAGAGACAAAGCUAAAUAAUCACUAAGUACGUUGUCUUGUAUCUUGCCCCAUUGCACUUAAAGGAUGCUUUAGACAAAUUGAGUAAAAAUUGAGAAAAUAUAUUUUCUACCUCAUUAAAAGAUAGGAAAUCAUGCGUCCCACAGACUUAAAUAAAAACCAAGGUACGUCUUAAAAGCUGCAACCUGAGUUCUGAUGCUUAUUCUUUUGGAGAGAGUGCACUCUGCAAGGUGUAAGUCUAUGAAAUAACCCUCAUCUAAGUAAUUAUAUUUUUUGAAAGUGUCUAUUGAUCUGUUCAUUUAUAAUACUUUUUAAGUGGCAUACUUAAUGGACCACUAGACAAGGUACGAAUUUAAGCG